AGAGUCCUUCUAUUUCUCUUCGUUCUUCUCCAAACCCUAGAAAUCCCUUCUCGUCGUCCUCGAAUUCGCGAGUUUCUCGCUAGGAGUCCCUCUGGUAAUGGCGUCUCGCUACUCUUCCCGCCGCUCUGACCCCUCCCCCUCCUCCUCCAAGGCUCGCCAUGGCUCCUCCGACCUCGCAGUCGUCGCCAAGACCAAUAACUCUGCUCACCUGGGAACCAUGAUCAAGAAGCUUAUUGACAGCAAGAAGUCCAAUUCCAAGCCGGGAUACUCAGAUCGGAUGGCUCUCCCUAUCCCUCUGGAUCCCAUCGCCGGAGAUCUCAAGAAGGCAGGCGGGUCCAAGGGCUCCAACUUCACUGCGCUGCACCGGAAGCUGUUCCAGAAGGGUGGAUCUGCUGAUCGGAAGGCGUUGACUGAAGUUAAGGCGAAUGCGAGGACGCUCGCCAUGGUAUUAAGGAGUGAGAGAGAGCUCAUGGACCGGAACCAAGAGUUUGAGGCUGAGGUUUCAGAGCUUCGAUCGUUGCUAGAAGAGAAGGACCGCGAAGUGGAAAAGUUAAGAGAUUUAUGUCUGAAGCAACGAAAGGAGAUUAAAGUGUUAAAAGAUGCGAUUUUGUUCCCUGAAGAGAUGAACUCACAGCUUCAGAUGAUGCUUGAUGAGCAGGGUUCUGAACUGAAGCAUGCUAAGAAACUCAUCCCUAGUCUUCAGAAGCAAGUUUCUUCACUUACUGGACAGCUACAAUGCCUAGCUGAGGACCUUGCUGAGUUCAAGGCAGAUAAAUAUGCUGUCAGCUCAUGUUUUGAUGGACGGUCCAGCUCUCCAAGAACACCGAUAUUGUUUAAAGAGGCUGCAAAUUCUUUGGAAUACAGUUCUGGAGAACCAUUGAGCACUCAACAUGACCCCAUGGAUGACUUCUUAUUUGAAGAUCUUAAUCCUUGUUUGACACCAAGCAUUUCAAGGACGAAAUCAAAGGUUAGUUUUGAUUCCGCAAAAGAGGACGGUUCAUUUCUGAGCACCACAACACUAAGUCCAGAUACAUCUUUUAAUUCAUCCAGUGGAAUAUUGUCAAAAAGUUCAGAAUAUCGACGGAGGGCAAAAUUGUUCAGCGCCACACACAGGAUUCACAGAUCAGAUGAAACAAAGUUGUCUGCUGUUAAAGCUAAGAACCACAAAAUUUUCUGAGUAAAGUGUUCCUGCAAG